AUGGCCGACCCCUACGUGUUUGGGGGGGCUGCUUUCCCCUACGAGGACAUGGCCUUCUCCAGCCAGCCCUUCGCUGGGUUGGACGACGGCCUGCUGGACUCGAACAUGACCUACAUCGAUCCUACGCUGCAGAUUGCUCCGACGAUCCCCUUUGCCAACGCCUGGGAUGCUCCGAUGCAGCGAGCCCUCAAAGAGCCCUCGAAGGCGACCUUCGUGACCGAUGCUUCCAGUCAGAUGCCCACACGCGCGCAGAUCCGUCCAACGGUAGGCAUCCCGGCCAUGCCGCCACCCCAUGCCCGCUUCGCCAGCCCCAUCUCGUCCAUCGAGCCGUCCUCGUCGGCCAGCGCACGCAGCCCUCGCGCAGACUCCGAGUCGUACUAUGACAGCUUUCCCGGAACCCCCCCGGACACGGCCGUGCUGUCGCCGUUCCAGACCCCGGUGCCUCUGGAGCCAUACUCGAACGCGCAUGCGGUGCAGUUCAGGAGCAUGGGCCCGCCGGACUACGUCAGCCCUUACGACGUAAACCCGAGCCACCAGUCCGAGUACAGCGAGAGCGACGGCGGCGUCAUCGACUUCACCGUCCAGCCGGGCUACAGCUUUGACAGCCACGUCAGCGAGGAGCCCGCGCCGGGCGCUGCUACGCCGGACUUCCAUGCCGAGAGGAUGGCAAGUCCCGAACCGAUGCGCCCCUCAUCCCCGUCCCCAUACCCCUCCUCCCCAGCCCACAAAGACGGCGCCGCACCCCCGACCGGCGCCAUCUUCAACCGCAAAGACCUCUUCACCCAGCACCUCAAGCGCAUGCACGCCCCGAAACAAGUCAAAGACCACGUCCUACCCGGAACAUCCAGCGGCACCACCGGCAAGAAGCCCUCUUCCUCCUCCACCUCCACCUCAUCCCCCGCGACGCAGACGCUGCUGGCCGAGUGGGACGCGCGCCUGCGCCGGCUGCAGGAGAGCAGCAUCCGGCCGCGGUGCCCGCUGCCGCAGACGAUGCGGUGCCCCGUGCCGGCGUGCGGCGCGCCGCCCUUCCGCGGCGCCGACGCCUGGAACCAGCGCAUGGAGCACGUCGCCAAGCACAUGGAGCGCGCCGCCCAGGGCGCCGAGCCGCGCGUCGUCUUCGGCGGCGCCGCAGACCCUACCCUCGUCGAGUGGGCUGCCCGCGCCGACGUGGCGAUCAUCGUGCCUGCUCCUCCUGGCUCUGGGCCUGCCGGUGCCGGUGGUGUGAGUGAGGGUGAUGGGCCCAGGUGGGUGCUGAAGACCCCCCUGAAGAGGGGGCCCGGGGGAAGUGUGGUUGUUCUGGCGCCUGUUGCCGGCGGCGCCGCGGGUCAGGAAGAGGAGGGUGAGGCUGAAGGGGAGGAGAUUGUGGUCUCGCAGGAUGGAUGUGGAGAGGACGAGGAUGAGGAUGCGGAGGGGGAGGAGGAUGUUUGA